AAGGGGUAUAAAGAUAACCAUCACCGUAGCGAAGCGUCGCAUGACGGUAUAUACCGUUUCCAAUGUAAAUAGGGCCUAUCUCUCUGUACGCAUGUGCAAGCUAUGCAUGACACUUAACAAUUUGGUAUCAUCUUGGAGGCAUCAGAUUUCCACUAUAGUGCGGAAUCAACACACCAAAACGCCCUUAUUGACUCUUUCUUUAGUCUCAACAAAUGUCACGAGCCCAGAUAAAACAACCUGACAGACAGGUUCCCGUUCCCAUGGUAAGAGUCAACAAAGGCGGUCUAACAAGAUCAUGUGUCGCCAUCUUGCUGCUGCCUUUUGUCGAGUUACUAGCAUGCUAGUAUGUAAUACGUCCUGCAUCUGAUCUUUGCCUCUCAGCUGUGUGAAAAUGGGGUGUGGAGCUAGCAGUUCUUCUCCAAAAGUGCCUGACACUCUCACUCACUCCCAACAAGCAGAGGGCGGACAGAAAAACGCGGCGGGCCCAGUGGAAUGUACGAAGGGUUUGGAUACGAAUCCCGCCCGUCAGGGAGGUGUGCCGACAGCAGCGGUGAAGCCAGUGGAGCGCAUCAGUAUUCUAAAUACAAAUACGAAUCCUGACGACGAGGAAAAAGAGGCGAAUAUGGACCGCUCUUCGAAAUGCUUGAACACGGAUCCUGAAUCAGAGGAAAACCAGGCGACUCGACCUCCAGGUAUGGAGUCCGCGAAUGAUAUAAAUACGAAUCCGACCUAUCAGGAAAAACAAGUGACUCCCAUUGUAGGACCGGAAAACGUAACACGUUUCAACAUUUCUGAUAUGAGUUUUGACCGAGUCAUCGGUGAAGGGUCCUUCGGAUCGGUCUUCCUAUCCCGGAAUAAGUUGUCUGGAACUUACCAUGCUUUGAAGAGGUUGAAUAUAGGACAGGUAAUACGUCUGCAACAGGUAGAUCACGUCAACAGCGAGCGAAUGGUUUGGGCAAGUCUUCGCCACCCAUUCAUAUGUCGGCUUUUUGGUACUUCUCGCGAUGACAGAUAUCUGUACCUACUCCUGGAGCUUGCACAUGGGGGAGAGCUGUUCUCAAUGCUGAGGAGAGAGAGGAAGUUGUCCAACGAAAGGGCGAAGUUUUACGCCGCCGAAAUAGCUCUUGCGCUUGACUAUCUUCACAGAAAUGACAUAAUAUACAGAGGUUUGAAGCCGGAAGACAUCCUGAUAUCCAAAGAAGGCCACGUGAAGUUAACCGACUUUGGGUUUGCCAAAGUUGUGUCCACUCCGACUCGGACGUACACGCUUUGCGGCACCCCGGAAUAUUUGGCUCCCGAAAUAUUGCUCGGUAAAGGUCACGGCAAACCGGUGGAUUGGUGGACGUUUGGAGUACUUGUGUACGAAAUGCUGGCGGGGCAGCCGCCAUUUUGUGACGAGGACCAUAUGGGUAUCUACCAGAAGAUUUUGACUGGAAUGGUGUACUUUCCCCGGUAUUUCCCGUCUGAUGCAACGCAUUUAAUCAAGGGACUGCUCCGUGCAGACCUGAAGAAGAGGAUGUCCUCUUCUGACAUUUUCCCUCACCCGUGGUUCAGGGACAUUGACUGGGAUAGCCUCCUGGCUCAGACAGUUCCACCUCCAUAUGUGCCUACAAUAGCUCAUGAUGGCGACGUCAGUUGUUUUGACACAUAUCCUGAAUAUUCCCAUGACUCCUCAGUUUCUGACAUCGAGCAAAGCGUUGCAGAAGCCGCUUUUGUUGGUUUCUGAAUGUAUGUUGACUAAUUGUACUUCGUUCACGCAAUAGGAGCAUCCCUUCGUGCAGUUUUACCGACUAUACCCUACAGUCCCCAAUCUAAUGGGUCAAUGAGUUUCUGUGAUUUAAACAUAGUAUCAACGACUAGUGACUAUUUCUACUUCCACCCUGUAUGGCUAGCUGCUCUAAAUAAAAACAGAAUAGAACUAAACAGGACCGAAUGUGUUUUAUACUGCUUUCAGGCUGUAAGGUGCAAGUUUAAACAUUCAUGUUUGAUCAGAGAGCAGGUGUACAUGUGUGAGUCUAUACCAAAGAAUUGCCUAAGCAAUGAGCAUAGUAUUGAAAUCUGUUUGUUUACUCAUCAUCUCCUCAUGACACGUGAACACCAUCUGCACUGUACACUGAAAAGUAUCAUUUAGAGUCAUUCCUCUUUUACCUUUUGAUAGAUGCUAGGAUAUUUCUCCUCUCUUAUUGUGGUAUCAUUUGUGGUAAUAUGCUAAACAAGAAGACAAAGAGAAUGCACCGCUGUAAUAUCAGUAUCAUUUUGUCAGUGACUUCAUUUGUUUUUAGCACAGUUGUAUCAUUAUUUUAUAUUCUUACUAUACCACUUGAGCGAGCGGUGAUAAAGAUGAAAAGGAAUUAAAAGAGUGCAAAUUUCAAUUAGUGGAAAAAAUAGUAGACUUAUGUGCAAUCAAUACCAUAAGAUAUGUAAAUAUUCAAAUAAAAAAUAAAAAUGAAAAUGUAAAUAUAGACAAGAAAUUACACUAUACACAAUGUAUGCACAAAUAUGUAACGUUAACUCUAUUGAGUGAUAGAAGAACCUAUAAAAUAUGAUGUAACGUUACAUAAGACUAUGUAGUGAAUGCCAAAAUGACGUGAAAGCAACAUGUUGUUGGAAUAAACCCAUUGAUUUAUGAACGACUUGA